AUGGCCUCCAGCGGUGACAGCAUUGAUAAGCGAAGUUGCCCAGAUAAAAUUGAAAAAGAGCCAACAGAGCGAUUUAUUCCUGGAAUCACGGAUAAAAAAACUAAUCCAAGCGAAAUUGAAAGAUUGAUAAGACAACGAGCCGUAAUGGAGCAACUCAAUGAAUUUAAAGCGCGCGGUGCGGAAAUUCGGUGUGAUACUGGUCCACGAGCACCGGUUCGACACGAUGCAUCGGCUGGUGAGAGUCAACAUGUUCACACGUCAAAAUCCAUCAUACUCGAAAUAACAUCUACAGAAAUCAUGGAAGAAAACGAAGAGAGCCGAGAGCGAUUUCCGGUGGAGAACGGCCGCCACUCAGAGACAUUUUCUGGAUCCGACGCAUCCAUGACGCAUCCAUCUCGAGGCGCUAUUGUGGACACUCCAACUGUUGGCGAAUCUCUCAAGGAUUAUAUGCGCCGGCGAAAAGAAGAAGAGGCUCUAGAAUACAAACGUCGACGUGCUGCCCGUGGUUCCAUGUGGGACGAAACGGCAAGCGACGACGGUGAGGGUGGGCAUUCGCGACCAAAUGUUUUACGAAAACAGAGAUCUAAAUCUGUUAGUAACAUAACAGAGAUAAAAGGUGCCCGCCCUCAUCCACUGAUGAACACUAACGCCGAACCACAUGAAGCCACACCGGGCAGCACAGAACGUGAGCAAAGAAACGUCCUCAACUACAACAUGCCGGCCGAAAANGUCAGGGUCCUUUUAUGUCACGCUGUUACGCGACACUAA